CGCAAAGAUACAACUGAUAUUGAACGAAUUAUCUACGAGACGUGGUGCGUUCAAUAUCAUUUUUAUUGUUCAUAUUCAAUUUAGUCUCGGUCAAGAUGUGGACGAGGUGGUUGUUGUUGUUAGUGGCAAUCACGAUUGUUAGUUCAGAAGAGCGCAUAGAACGAAUAGUGCAGACACCUCAAGGACCUGUUAGAGGUUUCAAAGAACCUGAAUAUGACAUAUUUGCAUUCUACGGCAUUCCCUUUGCUUCAGCACCUACUGGGCCGCACAAGUUCUCUGCACCCUACCCUCCCCCAGCGUGGCUACAAACAUUUGACGCAAUUGAUAAAGGUGUAAUAUGUCCACAGUAUAAAGAUGUCUUGUUUCAAAACAAAUCUAUGCAAGAGAACUGCUUAAUUACAAACGUGUAUGUACCAGAUACGGACAAAAAGAAACUACCAGUAGUAGUAUAUAUUCAUGGUGGUGCUUUCCAGCUCGGUUUUUCAAAUCUGGCUGUCCCAAAAAAUCUAGUGAAAAGUAAAAAAAUCAUAGCAAUUACAUUUAAUUAUCGUCUAGGUGCACAUGGAUUUUUAUGCCUUGGUACUAAAGAUGUUCCCGGUAAUGCUGGGCUGAAGGAUCAAAUUGCACUGCUCCAGUGGGUAAAGAAACAUAUAUCAAGUUAUGGUGGAAAUCCAGAAGACGUAACUCUUGCUGGUUAUAGUGCUGGAUCUUCGUCUGCCGAUUUACUAAUGUUGUCAUCUGCUGCAAAGGAUCUCUUCAAUAAAGUAAUACCCGAAAGCGGGGCUAACCUUUCACCAUUCGCCAUCCAGAUUGAUCCUCUUAAAACCGCAAAGGACUAUGCAAAAUCUGUAGGUUUCGAUAACGUUGACGACCUUAAUGCAUUGGAAGAGUUUUAUAAGACAGCUUCUUAUGAUGUUUUGACAAAAGAUUCUUUCUUAAACAGAACCGAUAAUAAUUUCUUUUUUGUGCCAUGUAUAGAACGUAUUACUGGAGCUGGUAGCGUUCUCAGUGAGAGUCCAUAUAACAUUUUAAAGAAGGGAAAAUAUAGAAAAAUACCAGUAUUAUAUGGUUUUGCUAAUAUGGAGGGCUUGUUUCGUCUGCCCUGGUUCGAAGUGUGGAAGGACAAAAUGAAUGAAAAUUUUGUCGAGUUCCUUCCAACAGACUUGACGUUUGAUAAUGAUAAAGAAAAAGAAGAAGUUAUCAAAGAAAUCAAAGACUUUUAUUUUGACAGUAUGCCGGUGAGUGGGGAGAAUAUUUUAUCUUAUAUAGAAUAUUUUACUGAUACCAUUUUUGCAUUUCCCACUUUAAGAGCAGCCAGACUACAUGCUGAAGCUGGUCAUGAUAAAGUACAUUUAUAUGAAUACAACUAUGUAGAUGAGUCAGCGCCUGUGAUACCUCAUACAAAUAACCUGAAGGGAGCAUAUCACUGCAGUCAAACUCAGGCAGUAAUGGAUGGAUCUGUUUGGUUAAAUAACAAUGAAACGGAUAUACCGGAAGAAUUUUCCAGAGUAAAGAAGCUAAUGCGAGAUGUAUGGAUCAACUUUAUAAUUACCGGCAUUGAUGGCACACCUAUAAAAAGGGUAACAGAAGAUAGGGACUUAGGAGUGAAAUUCACAGCAGACUUAUUAUUUCGAGAUCAUGUUGUUGACGUUUGUAAAAAAGCUUUUAAAACUUUAGAUGAAUACAUUUGGCGUCGGCGGCGGCCGGGCCUGUUGGUAAUUCCUACUGGAAGCACUAAAUUAUUGUGUGAGGCCAAGGGCGGAUCCAGCUUUGGCGCCAGGGGGGGGGGGGGGGGUCAUAUACUCGUGGUCAAGUCACAGUGGGUACAGAUUGUUAAGUGGGUACAGAUAGACCCAGCCCAGGGUCCCCCCGGAUCCGCCCUUGAGUGA